CGACUUGACAGCGCGCCACCCCUCCGGGCCGAGUUGGUCUCGUCCGUGGCUGCCCAGCAUCAAACGCACAUGUUGGGUGUGUUGUGUUGAGGAUCGCAGCGACAUUAAAGCGUUUAGCAGACCUGUGCGCGCUGUCACGUUGCUGUUUGCUCCCUGCAGACCACAGCUACAAUGCGAUAAGCCUCACGGUCAAUGAGAAAUACUUUUAAAAAGCAAGAGUUAUUGUAGAAAACGGCGAGGAGGCUGACACGCGUCCCGGCGUGGCUGCAGGCAGCUACUGUCUGACUACACCGGACUGAAGGCUUUGAGGCUUGCCGUGCGACACCAUGAGCUCCAGGGCGUGCAAGAACUGCGGCAGCUCGGACAUCGAUGUGGACCAGGCGCGCGGCGAUGCCGUCUGUAUGGGCUGCGGCUCCGUGCUGGAGGACAACAUCAUCGUGUCCGAGGUGGAGUUUGUGGAGUCGGGAGGCGGAGGGUCGUCGGCUGUCGGACAGUUCAUCUCUGCAGAUGGUGGAGGUGCCAACCCCUCUUUCGGAGACGGACACUACACAGGUGUGGGGAGGGAGUCCAGAGCUCAGACGCUUUCGAGAGCAAGACAGAACAUCAACACUCUGGGCCACCAGCUGCAGAUGAACAAGCACUGUCUGGACACGGCCUUCAACUUCUACAAGAUGGCUCUCGCCAAACACCUGACCCGCGGCCGCAAGUCCUCCCACGUGGUCGCCGCCUGCCUCUACAUGGUAUGCCGGACCGAGGGAACGCCACACAUGCUGCUGGAUCUCAGUGAUCUCCUGCAGGUGAACGUCUACGUGCUGGGAAGAACCUUCCUCGUACUGGCCCGAGAACUGUGCAUCAACGCCCCGGCUAUAGACCCGUGCCUGUACAUUCCCCGUUUCGCCCAGCUGCUGGAAUUUGGGGAGAAGAACCACGACGUCUCCAUGACGGCGAUGAGGCUGGUGCAGAGGAUGAAGAGGGACUGGAUGCACACGGGACGAAGGCCGUCGGGACUCUGUGGAGCAGCUCUUCUCGUUGCCGCACGUAUGCACGACUUUCGCCGGACCAUCAAAGAAAUCAUCGGCGUUGUAAAAGUGUGUGAAAGCACACUAAGAAAAAGACUGAUAGAGUUUGAGGACACACCCACCAGUCAGCUGACCAUCGAAGAGUUCAUGAAGAUAGAUCUGGACCAAGAGUGUGACCCGCCCUGCUUUACAGCCGGACUGAUGAAGAAAAAAGUCCAUCAGCUGGAGAUCGAGCUGAAGAAAAAGAUUGAUGACGUUGAAGAUGAAAUUCAAAGCUACCAGGAUGAAAUAGACGCAGAGCUUCAGACCAGUAGGCCCAAACUGAGAGGAGUUUACGCCGCCUACACUAAGGAAGACGGUGAAAAUGAGAACGACGACGGCUUCUCCACAUUGUGUAAGAUGGAAGACGUUGACGAACCAGAAGAGGAAGAAGAGCUUCAGGCUGUGGCCAAGCACUUUGGCAAAGAACUCGGCGAGCUCACACUGGAGGCUCUCAUGAAACUAGAGCAGAAGAGACCAGAGGAGGACCAGGAGCAGGAGGAGGAUGUCCCGAAGCGAAAAGCCCCAUCGCUGGCGUCCAUCCUGGGCACGAUGCCCUCAGCAGCCACUCUCGGCCUCACCGAGUCCAUCGGCGGCUGCAUCGGAGACGGGAAGGAGAACGAUGGUGCUGCUGACAGUGGGGAGCUGGACCUGAGUGGGAUAGAUGACAGUGAGAUAGAGCUGGCUCCCUCUGCCUCUCUGCAGUAUCUGCUUAGUGACAAAGAAAUCAAAAUCAAGACGGCGCUGUGGAUGGCAGAAAACUCGGACUACCUCAAAGAGCAGAAAGAAAAGGAAGCAAAGAUAGCGAAGGAGAAGGAGCUCGGGAUCUACAAAGAAAAGAAGCCCAGAGGACCCGGGAAGAAGCGUCCCCCAAUCCAAGCCAGCACCGCGGACGAGGCCAUCGAGAAGAUGCUGGAGCAGAAGAGGAUCUCCUCCAAGAUCAACUACGAUGUCCUGAAGGACCUCAACAUCAAGCCCGGCGCCAGCCCAGCUCGCAAGGCCGAGUCCCCGAAGAAAGAACCGACUGUCACAAAACUGACUGGACGUAACCACAAACCUGCUCGAGCUCCACUCAGCCUCAGCACGCCGCUCAGCACCCUGGGAAAAAGGUUGCAGCCGUUCAUCAGCGGACAGCCCAACAAGAAGCUCGCUGUGGAGCAGAUUGCCAAUUCCAACCCCCUGCCGGUGCCUGUGGGGGCCCCCGCCAGCGGAGUGGUGGUGGAGAGUGGGCCGGUCCUCUAUGAUGAUGCAGCUGCUGAGGAGGAAGAGGAGGAGGAAGAGGAGACUUGUGUCAGCGCCAUGGAGAUGUUGGGCGGCAACGAUUAUGGCUGUGAUGGAGAUUACGACGAUGGAUUCUAGCAGUGGUCCUCCCCGGGUUAUUAUUCCCCAACUAGUACGGACAAUUUUGAAUCCUUCAGUGUAUCAAAUGUUUACUACCAGGGACACAACAUGGCUGCAGCUACAGAUGGGAGGAAUGAGGAAUUCCCAUCAGGAAUAAAUGGGGAGACGUGCAAGAAAACAAAAGUUGGAAAAAUCGCACUCCUUGUCCCAUUUGGCAUCCAAACUGGACUAAACUUGGAGGAUGCUGACAGAGAUGGUGAAGUGCAAAUGCUGAAGAAAUUAGUCUUCAGGAUGAUUUUUUUCAUUUUAACAACCGUGUCCCCUCUGCGUCGAAGCGUUUCCACCGAGGUGUAAUGUAGCAAAAAGAAAUGCCAAACAAAACGCAAAACGUAUCAUCCUUUAACUUGCCUUUUGCAUUCAUAACACUCAAGUAUUUAACAGCAUGUGACUUCCUCAAGCACUUCCUGACAACUAAUUCUGUCUCAAAUCUAUUACACUAUAAUGACAUGUACUUAAAGACGAGCAUCUAACAAUCAGGUAGCGUGAGAUCAAUCAUCAUUAUCAGUAUUUGCAAAGUACAGAAUGUAUUUUCCUGUCACUUCUGGUUCAGAUGAGGUUGAUCUUCAAACAAUCUCACAGCUCAGAUCAAUAUUUAUUAAUGCCUUAGGUGAUUAGUAGACCAACACAUGCUCUGCUUAAGCCAAAGUAUUACAAUGAGGUUGCCUUCGAACAAUGUGUGCCAAUGUUUGCUGAGAUGUUAUUAAAUCCAAACAUAGUGAGAUUUUAAUUCCAGAUCAAGUUACUAUAGGGAAUAUGAUGGUUUGAUUAGUUUUUAUGUUGCUGUUAAUUGGGUUUGGGCUUUUCUUAAUUGUUUUUUUUUUUUUUUUUGAUGGAAUUGAUUUUUAUGAUUAAUUUAUGAGAUUUUGUCAUUUAUGUUAAAUAUUAUUCAAAAUGUUCUGUCACAGGCCACAUAGGCGUUUAAAGCCAGGAUGUAAAUACAUUCUCUGCAAUAUUAUAUUUUCCAGAUGGAUGAGGGAGCCCAAUCAGAGAAUAGAUCUAUUUUGUAUUUAAGCUUUUAUGAUUUUUGUGUUGAAAAAUUAUACUUGGGAGGUGAAAUAGAUUGUGGCCUUUUUACUGUGUCCACACAACAGUAUUUAAUGAGGUGUCUUGAUUAACCUCGACUGCCUCUGUGUUGCUGCUACAAGUCAUGAUGUUGCAUCUGCAUAUUGUUGUGUGCAUUUGCUGCUACACUAAAGAUUUCACUAAAUGAG